GCGGGGGGGGGGGGGUGCCCGUCCCGCCGCCGCGGCCCCGCCGAGCCAUAAAGCCAUGGGGAGCCGGCCGGGCUGAGCACGGCGGGACCCGCGACCCCCCCAGCAAGAUGACCUCCUCCACCAAGGUGUACUACAGCCAGACCACGCAGACCGACAGCCGCCCGCUGAUGGGGCCGGGGCUGCGGCGGCGCCGCGUGCUGACCAAGGACGGCCGCAGCAACGUGCGCAUGGAGCACAUCUCGGACAAGCGCUUCCUGUACCUCAAGGACCUGUGGACCACCUUCAUCGACCUGCAGUGGCGCUACAAGCUGCUGCUCUUCUCCGCCACCUUCGCCGGCACCUGGUUCGCCUUCGGCGUGGUCUGGUACUUGGUGGCCGCGGCGCACGGCGACCUGCUGAGUUCGAGCCGCCCGCCAACCACAACGCCGUGCGUGAUGCAGGUGCACACGCUGACCGGAGCCUUCCUCUUCUCCCUCGAGUCCCAGACCACCAUCGGCUACGGCUUCCGCUACAUCAGCGAGGAGUGCCCGCUGGCCAUCGUGCUGCUCAUCACCCAGCUGGUGCUCACCACCAUCCUGGAGAUCUUCAUCACCGGCACCUUCCUGGCCAAGAUCGCGCGGCCCAAGAAGCGCGCCGAGACCAUCAAGUUCAGCCAGAACGCUGUGGUGGCGCAGCACGACGGCAAGACCUGCCUGAUGAUCCGCGUGGCCAACAUGAGGAAGAGCCUCCUGAUCGGCUGCCAGGUCACGGGCAAGCUGCUGCAGACCCACCUGACCAAGGAGGGCGAGAGCGUGCGGCUCAACCAGCUCAACGUGGACUUCCAGGUGGACACGUCCUCGGACAGCCCCUUCCUCAUCCUGCCGCUCACCUUCUACCACGUGGUGGACGAGGCCAGCCCGCUGCGGGACGUGUCCCUGCGCUCGGGGGACGGCGACUUCGAGCUCGUGGUCAUCCUGAGCGGCACCGUGGAGUCCACCAGCGCCACGUGCCAGGUGCGCACGUCCUACCUGCCCGAGGAGAUCCUGUGGGGCUACGAGUUCACGCCGGCCAUCUCGCUGUCGGCCAGCGGCAAGUACGUGGCCGAUUUCAGCCUCUUCGACCGCGUGGUGAAGGUGGCGGCGCCCUGCUGUCACCGCGAGGCCGUGCGGUUCGGGGACCCCGAGAAGGUCAAGCUGGAGGAGUCACUGAGGGAGGCGGAGCGGGAGGGGGAGGGGGCCCCGCUCAGCGUCCGCAUCAGCAACGUCUGAGGGGGGACACGGGGGGGACAUCGGCACCGGGGGGCACCGCAGAGAGGGGUGACAUCGGCACCGCAGAGAGGGGUGACAUCGGCACCGCAGUAAGGGGUGACAUCGGCACCAGGGCGGCACCGCAGAGGGGUGACACCACAGCAAGGGGUGGCAGUGGCGCCCAGGGGGCACCGGAGCAAGGGGGUGGUGGAGGAUGCUGGAGGUGUCACCAGGUCUGGAGGUGUCACCGGGUUCAAGGGGACACCAACAUCUGGAGAUGCCACCUAGUCUGGAGGUGUCACCAGUCCUGGAGGUGUCACCAGCCCCAAAGGGACACCAAUGUCUGAAGGUGUCAUCAGGUUCAAGGGGACACCAACAUCUGGAGGUGUCACCAAUCCCUGGAAGUGUCAGCAACAUCUGGAGGUGCCACCCAUGCUUGGGGGUGUCACCAGCCCUGGAAGUGUCACCAGGCCUGAAGGUGCCACCAGCCCCAAAGGGACCCCAAUGUCUGGAGGUGUCACUGGGUUCAAGGGGACAUCAACAUCUGGAGGUGCCACCAAGUCUAGAGGUGUCACCAGGUCUGGAGGUGUCACCAGCCCCAAAGGGACACCAACAUCUGGAAGUGUCACCAGCCCUGGAGGUGCCACUGGAUUCAAGGGGACAUCAACAUCUGGAGGUGCCACCAACCCCUGGAAGCGUCAACAACAUCUGGAGUUGCCAUCAGCUCUGGAGGUGCCACUCAUGCUUGGAGGUGUCACCAGCCCCAAAGGGACCCCAAUGUCUGGAGGUGUCACUGGGUUCAAGGGGCCACCAACAUCUGGAAGUGUCACUGGGUUCAAGGGGACAUCAACAUCUGGAGGUGCCACCAAGUCUGGAGGUGUCACCAGCCCUGGAGGUGCCACCCAUGCUUGGAGGUGUCACCAGCCUCAGAGUGCCACCAGCAUCUGGAGGUGCCACCAGCCCUGGGGCUGUCACCAGCCUCAAAGUGACAUCAAGUCUGGAGUGUCACCAACACCCGGAGGUGUCACCAUCCCUGGAGGCAUCACCAAGUCUCGAGGUGCCACCAGCCCCAAAGUGACACCAGUCCUGAGGGUGUCACCAAGCCCUGGAAGUGUCAGCAACAUCUGGAGGUGUCACCAGCCCUGGAACUGUCACCAGCCCCUGAAGAUGCCACCAGCCCCAAGGGGACAUCAGUGUCUGAAGAGGCCACCAGUCCUCAAGUGUCACCGGUGCUGAGGUCUCACCAGUCCUUGGAGGUGUCACCAACAUCUGGAGGUGUCACCAGCCCCAAAGUGACACCAGUGCCUGGAGGCGCCACCAACGCUUGAAAGUGACACCCAAGCUUGGACGUGCCACCAGCCCUGAGGUGACACCAACAUCUGGAGGUGACACCAGCCCCAAAGUGCCUGGAAGUGUCACCAACAUCUGGAAGUGCCACCCAUCCCAAGAUGCCACCAAUGCCUGGAGGUGUCACUAACCCCCAAAGUGCCACCAAGCCCAAAGUGCCACCAAGCCCUGGAGAUGCCACCAGCCCCAAAGUGCCACCAACAACUGGAAGUGCCACGAGUCCCAAGAUGGCACCAGUCCCUGGAGGCGACACCAAUCCCUGGUGUCCCUCAGUGCCACCACCCCAAAAGUGUCACCAACCCCUGGAGGUGCCACCAGUCCCCAGGGAGUCGCUCCCCCCCCUCCCCCCCAGGGGAAACUGAGGCAGGAGACCCCUCCCCCACCCCCCCCGAGCGCUGGAGCCCCUCCCUGUCCCCUCCCCCCACUCCGGGCAGGGUCGGGGGGUCCCCCCGGGGUGUCACCGAUAAUCGGCCACCGUGUCCCCUCCCCCCCCCCGGGCCGGGGUCCCCUCCCCCCGCCCGUCGCUGCUGCUUAACGUAGACCCCGCAAUUAACGCGGCCCCCCCCGCGCCGGGGCAAUUAGCGCCACUAAUUAACGGUGUCAGGAACGAGGAAGGAGCGGGACCCCCCCCGGGACCCCCCAAAACCGCCCCUCCCCCACCCCGGGGGGGCCCGAGCUCGGUUUGGGGGCGGGGGGGGAGGGGCAGGAGUUCAAUAAAGGUGACGUCGAUGGUG